AUGAAGGUCUCCUCAGCCCCUGCCCUGAUGGGCGCAUUUGCCUCCCUGGCAGCUGCCUUCCCGGCAGCAGUGUUCGAGAUGGUCAACAACCCAGAGAUCGCUGCUCGCGCUGCCGAGAUGGCUGGCAAACCCGAUGCUGCCGACGCUCAGAAGACUUUCGAGCCCGUUCCAAUGUGGAGUGAAGAACAAUUCAUCGAUGUAUCCGAGGGCAGCGGCCAUGAAUACAUUGCUCCCGACUUCAGCAAAGGCGAUCUUCGUGGAUUGUGCCCAGGCCUCAACGCCAUGGCUAACCACGGCUUCCUCCCCCGUAACGGAUAUGCCACGAUUUCUCAAUUCGUCGACGCCACCACCAAGACUGUAGGAAUGGGUUCGAUUCUCGCAGUCUUCCUUGCCGUCCUCGGAGCCUCGAUUGAUGGCGAUGGUACUUCUUGGUCCAUUGGUGGCACGCCAGGACCAGGAAUCGGUGGCCCACUUGCCAAGUUCGGCAACGGCAUCAGCGGUUCGCACAACAAGUACGACAGCGAUGGCUCGCCUACCCGUGGCGAUCUGUACCAGUACGGUAACAGCUUCAAGCUCGUUCAGAGCCAGUGGGAUGAGCUUAUCGCGAUGACUCCAAGUGGCAAGGUCACGCUCCAGGACUUGUCGGACUUCCGCUCGAAGCGAUUCGACGAGCAGGUCGCGAACAACCCAUACUUCUUCUUGGGACCCUUCACUGGUGUGCUCGUCACACCCGCUGCCUACACUUUCAUUUUCCGUUUCAUGGCCAACCACACCCAGGAGAACCCAUACGGUGAACUCACCCACGAGACUCWUGCUACGUGGUUCGGAAUGACCAACAACAACGGCGUCUACACCCACCAGCCUGGUUCGGAGAAGUUCCCACAGAACUGGUACAGACGUGCUUUCGCCUACCCAUACGAUACCCCUUACUUCUUCGGAGACGCUGGCAACAUGAUUGCUCAACACCCCAAGUUCGCCAGCAUCGGAGGCAACACCGGCAAGGUCAACACCUUCACUGGCAUCAACGUCGAGGACUUCACCGGAGGUAUCAUGAACGGCAAGACCCUCCUGGAAGGAAACAACCUCGCCUGUCUUGGAUUCCAAUUCGCCGCUCAGGCCAAGCCUGACCUUCUCAACGUCCUGAACCCCCUCACCAACGCCCUGGCUCCUCUGACCGAUUCUCUGAGCGGUUUGAUGAGUUCGUUGAGCUGUCCUCAGCUGAAGGCUCUCGACAAGGCGCAGUUGGAAAUGUUCCCGGGUUACAGAGAGUCGUUCCCGGGUUACGAUGCCUCGAACGUGUAUUAA